GAAGAGGAACUCACACGCUUCAUCACCUACUUCGCCAAACGCCCCAUCUCUCCGCCAAGAGUGCUACCCGAGCUAUACCCUCAACAAAAGGGUUACUACGACCUUGACAAUCAACUCAAGGAGUCGGGUCUGUGGCCUUUCGUCUCCCGCAGUCGCACCUCCUUCAAUCCCGCCUACGUUCGGGCAUUCUACUCCAAUCUCCGCCGGGACGGGGACACUAUUCGCAGCAGCAUCAAUCUCGUGGACCUCGAGUUUGAUUUGGCUAUCUUUGCCCGGAUCGCAGGUUUGCCCACUCGCGGUGACGACAUCGCGACUUAUGGUGGCGAUGAUUGGAUCCUCAAUAACGAGGCGGUGGUCAUCCGAGAGCUCGGAAUCACCAACCUCGUCCGUCACAGCGGCGCACCAACCAUUCACUCAGCCCCGUCGGAGAAGCGCCUUCUACUCUACAUCCUCACCCGGAUUCUUCGCCCCCGGGACGGCAGCCACACGUGUCUCUUCAACGAGGAUCUCAAGGCCGUUCAUGCAAUCACCCAUGGCGCCUCGAUCAAUUGGGCGAAAUACGUCAUGAUCCACAUGGCGGAUUGCGCCUCAAUCGCCACCGAAAGGAGCUUGCCCUACACCUUCCUCGUCAUGGAUCUCAUUGUCGCGGCCGAAAUCCACAUCGCCGGCCCGAACACGAAGAUGACAAAGAUUUGGAUCAUCCAAGACAGCACCUUCCGGAAGAAGUCUGGUGACGGAACCGGCGCUGGACCGAGUCAUGCCCGUUCCCCUGCCCCUGCCCCCGCUCCCGCCAAGGCGUCCUUACAGUCCAUAGCCGAUACUCUGAAUCGGCUAACCCUCACAGUGGAUGGCAUGGGGCAGUCAAUCGAGCGGAUGGAUUGGACGCUGCAAGGUCAACACCAUGACAUGACAGCAUUCUUCCGCGGCAUCAACUAUGUCCCGCUGCCCUUUGACAGCACCAUCCUCGGCCAGAACUAUGAAGGCGAGGACGAGGAGGAUGACUCCUAUGCUCUGUCUUCCUCCCCUGACGAGGCCGAUUUUGAGGACGCGGUCGACGGGGAUCCCAUGGACGUUGAGGACGACGAAGAAGACGAUGACGCCGAGGACGAGGACGCCGCUGCCUAGACUCUUCUUUUUUUUCUAUGAUUGUCCUUUUUAUUAUUAUUUCCAUUCCGUUGUAUUCCGCAUUUUCUCCUUUUUUUAAUAUAUAAAAGUUCACUUUUAAACUCUAAAGUUCACUUUUAAUUCUUUUUGUUAAUGUCAAAAGGGGGAAGAUAUCAAGGUUUUGAUAAUGCCAAACCGCCGUGAUCAAGUCAAACUUUGAAUAUACAAGGCGAAGAAGGAAGACAAGAACAAGAGCUAAAAGAAGACCAAGAACGAAGACCUUAGUUUUAGUAUCGUGAGUCGGUCUUCAUUGUGAUCAAGACCGACCCAAUCUCUACACCUUGGCUCUUUAGGCUAAAAUCUUUCAUUGCAUUUCUUAAAUCAUAAAAAUGUUUUUUUAAACAUGUUUAAGUCAUUAAAAACACUUGGUGUUCGCCCAAACCAAAAACCAAGCCAUCCAGCGUUCGGUUUUUCAGAAACCGGCGUUCGGCUCUCGGUUAUCGGCUAUGGUUUUUGGCGUCCGAACCAACCAAGUGGUUUUCAACUUUUUAUGAUUGGUUUUCACUCUUUGGCAUGUUUAAACGGUUCUCCAACAAAAACACAUUGAAAACCAUCUUUCGCUUUUGGUCGUUUGACAAAAAUCAUUCAAAACGGCAUAAACUUGGCUAGCCGUGGUUUUCACUCAAAUGACGUGGUUUUUAAAGUGUCUUACUUGAUUUCUUAGCCAAAUACAUCAAAUAAGUGUUUUAAACACUUGGUUUUUAUUUUGGAGAACUUUGAAUUUUUCGGUCG